AUGAUCCCAGGCGCCCCCUGGAUUGCGUCGGCCGUCGAGAGCUGUCUAUCCUUUUAUCUGGGCUUGGCCGAACAGGUCCCGGUCCAGGUGUCGGACGAUGGAUGUAGCCUUCAUUUCACCCCCCAUGGCCUCCCGCACCCAACCCUGGCGGUUAUUGACCAAUGGGGACCCAGCCGAGCAACAUUGAUGGAUGCACAGAAUCAGAUCGAUGCCACCUUCCCCCAAGAUGCCGUCGAUCUCGCCCUGACAGACCUCCCCAUCCUGCAAAUGCAUGACGCUACAAAACGCCUGAUAGAAUUGCUGGGCUUCACUGUUGUCUUUGUGUACUCGGAAGCUAUCCCCGAGGUUUACUUGCGUGUCAAUCGAUUCAAUGUGCACUGGUCUGAAGUGGACAUCAAAUAUGUGCCUACAAAAAAGCUGCGGAAUACCAGCACCAUCAAACCUCUACUGGCAAUGGCCUACCGCGAAAGUCGACAGGCAUUGAAGGAAGCACGUACCGACCAGAGUCCAACAACCAAAUCUAUCAGCUCCCAACAUGACCAAACUCCCGUUCCCGAUCUUCAUCGAGAUAGUUCACCGGUCGGCGGGUCGCAGCAGCUCCAGUCCCAGAUACCAGCUCUGCAUAAGUCGCAUGCUAUGCAGAACACGGGCAAUACUGGGCGUCCUUCUUUGAACGGACCAACCGACCUCUUGCGUCAUCUCGAAUCAGAUCCCAGCAAAUCCUCUCGCAAUACUCCUCAACCAAGUGGCCCUGAGGAAAUCUCCACAGCACAAGACUCACAUGAUGCUAACUUUGUGGCGAGCGACGCUCGUCAAAUUUCCCGUUUGAAUGGGGAUUCGGGCAAUCAAAACUCCCGGAAUAUUGAGCCCAGGGCAUCUCAAAGGCAGCAAAGCCGAGCCCCAGAUGCCCCGCAAUCUCGCGAUGGCUUCAGCAAUCCCGAUUCCCCAAAACUUGACAAGCAAGCCGAAGAUUUAGUUCGAUCUGAGACCCAUGCAGUUAAUAAUAGUUUUACGCGACCUCAAAACCCUCAGAAUACACAGACGGAUGAAAACGAACGCCUAUCAAAGAAACGUCCGCGUGCAAGCACCGGUGAACCGUCCUCGGCGCACCAGACAGAUGGCUUGGGGCCGGAAGGACCAAAUGGUGCCGCACCGUGCAAGAAGAGGCAGUGCGUUGAAUCGGAGAAGGAUAGCACGACAAAUACAAGGGAAACCGAGAAUGUACAAGAAGGGAGAACGCCGGCGCCGCCCCAAGAAACCCAGCAACCUGUCACAAAAUCGGAUGAUCUGGCUCACUCCCCGAAACCGUCCCCGAUCAACCCUUGGGAAGGACUCUUAGCGAUAUCUGACCACGAUGUCACAAUCCCCAAGGACCAAGCAGCCUUCUUUGACGACAAACUGUGCUUUAUUCCGCCCAAGACGGGUGAGCCGACUCCCCAAGGACAUGUGCCACCAACUCUGUUAAAACAGUGGAACGACAUCGCCAGACGAAGGCAUGAGGAGUUGGCACGCAAAGAGCGUCAGAAAAGUCCUCCCUUAACCACUCAAGAGUCCGUUCUUUCUGGCUCCGAGUCAGAGAGUGAGUCUGACGCUAGUGAAGCGUUGUCAUGGGAAGAGAGCCCGCCUCAGUCUCGUCAUGUCAACCUCAUACCGCCGGAAAGCAGCCCUAUUGAGCAACCAAGACUUUUCAGGCGUCCUACUGCCAGUGGUGACGAGAAUGAUAUGUGUCCCUCCCAGCCAGCAGGCGACCAUAGCCUGGAUAUGGUGAAUGCUUGUCAAGACCCAUCUCAGGUGGAAUUGAACAAUACUCCAAUGUCCAGUGCGCUAGAAGCAUCCACACACCGGGAUCGGGAAGAGACAACUGCCAAUCCUCAAGUGCCAGAGACUCUGGAGCAAUCGGCUGAGCCGACACGUCUUGCAUCGAAAUCACCAGGCGCGUACAUGGGUGAUGAAAUCCAGAGCCAGCUGGCGCGUGAAAGUCAAAACUCACCCAGAGAGAAAUCCCCAUCACCAAUUCCUUUUCAAGCGCCUGAGGAUAGCUCGGAUGACGAAUCCGUGAUGGACACAUCUUUUCCACAAGCGCUUGAUGAAAGCUCGCACCCGCAGCCAUUCGAUAGCCAGAAUGGAGAGGACAUUCCUAGCUCGGGCCCCUCCCUGUUAGGCGUCACUGCCGGGGGGCAUGUUCAGGUUGCACAGACACCCGCUGCAGAAAAUACCCGUUUGUGUCGCGACAAGGUGCAGAUUGAACAUCCGCCUUCUGACUCGCAACAACCAUCCCCCCAAAACAAAACAUCCUCUCAGUCACGAAUCUUCAACACUUAUCGUUCUCACGGUAACCAUGGCAUGAGUGACACAUCUUACGAAACAUCAAAUCCAUCCUCGCGGCAGUCGAGAGAUGAGCCACUCCAGGCGGAUGUAAUGGGAACCCAGACUCAGAAAAACAGGGAAAACUCUCUGUCGCAAAACACUUCUCUUCCUUCGCAUCUGUCGCAGACAGGUGUUGUUCUCGACUCAUCUGGUCCAGCGCAUCGACAUCAAGACCCAAAGUCGUCGAGAUCAGAAGUCCCACCUGCGAUGAUUUUAUCCUCGCUUCACGGUGUACCACAAAUGUCUCAAUUCUCCCAGCAAACGCAAGACUCUUUGCCAAUAGCCUCUUCCUUAGACACGCACAUGUCUUCGCAGGUCUCGCCUCUGAAACAACCCACAUCCAUCCCUCGAGUUCAAGAACAAUCUCCGUCCACCGAUCGUCACAGCUCAACCCGGGGAAGUGCAGGCUACAGCCGAGUGCUGUCUGGCACUCCGAACUGGGAUGUGGUUUCUCGACGUGAAUACUUCGUCAGCAAUUCCACCAAAUAUUUUGAUGAGGCACGGAAUGUUUAUCAGAAGUUCCGAGAUGAUUACCCAUGCUAUGCGGGAGAUUUUGCUCAUUUCGCAGAAUUAUGCGCGAAGCUGCAAGCCCUUCGGAACAACGGUCUUCACCUGCAACGGUCGUAUCUCUGGGACGACUUUAUCAUUGGGCAUCUCGAGACCUACCCGCGCCACAUCGAGGAGUGCAUGUCCCAGGGAUCGAAAAUAUCCACUUACGAAGAUUUUUUCAAAGAUCGUUUCUCUGUCCCUCGAUACAAGAAGCGGAGCUUACAACCCCGUGGCAUUGAAGUAACUGCCGCACAAUCUGCCAGCAUCAACGAAGCUGCCGACCACCCGACCCAAACAGAGCCAGCGCGUCAAAGUGACUCCAUGGCGACUUCCUUUACCGGCAGUCUCGUGAACAGACUCUCGAAUUUCCAUGCCCAUUCCCCAUUCGGGGAUGCUCUUCACAAUGACCGGCCGGUUAAUUCCCUAUCAGUCGCUUUUCCUGCCACGCGUUCAUCGCCUGCCUCGUCCAUUUCAACUUCUUCAAGUUCGGUCAUCAUCAAACAAGAGGGCUCCUCAUCCAGUGAUGACGACGAAAGCCGAAUAACAUCAUCUCAACAUUGCUUUCUAGAUUACGAAGGUAUAAAGACAGAGCCUGACCCUGCCUUUCUUGACGAGUUUCUUCAAAGCAGUGCUCGCGCCAUUGACCAGGAUGUCGACAUGCCCGAAGUCGAACAACCAGAUAAUGACAAUAAUGCCAAUAUGCGCGCCGCAGAGGACACCGAGUUUACCGCCGUCACCGAUCAGGCAGACAAUGAAAAUGAUGUCGAUGUGCCGGCCGCACAAGAAACCGAGUUAGCCGCCGAUCCCAAAGAAGAAGAAGAUUAUGAUGACGAUGAUCCACGCCACGAAACAGCCAGCAUCGAACUCGGUGAUGAUGACGCCGAUCUCACCGUGCACCUCUCGCGCGCCGAGUCCAGGCUCCUCUACGAUACGGAGGCAGCCGACGCCGACGAAGAAGACGAAGGAGAGGAAAGCGAGCCUGAGAACUGGUUUCAUUCUCUCCGGCACCUGCGCUCCCCGGACCCGGGUGGUCUGACGAUCCCUUUACACCAUUCAAGCUGUGGGCACGAGCCGAUCAAGAUGUACGCGUUGAACGACGUCGUCGCGGCGGUGCGAAGAUUCUUGUUGAUGAGAAGGGGGUUAUUCGACGACCUACUUUAUCGUUGA